UUUUAAUUACAUCAGGCUCUAUUACACCCCGAAUUCUCUUUUCGUUUAUUCUAGUCUGAUCUGCCUCACACCUGAGCUCUGCUGACCCCCACCAAAGCAUCCAAGAAGAAAAUGGCCAUAAGUGGAGUUCCUGUGCUAAGACUUUUCCUCAUGGCUGUCCUGAUGAGCCCUCAGAAAUCAUGGGCUAUCAAAGAGGAACAUGUGAUUAUCCAGGCUGAGUUCUAUCUGUCCCCUGACAAAGAAGGCGAGUUUAUGUUUGACUUUGAUGGCAAUGAGAUUUUCCACGUGGAUUUGCAAAAGAAGGAGACGAUCUGGCGGCUUAAAGAAUUUGGACAAUUUGCCAGCUUUGAAGCUCAGGGUGCAUUGGCCAACAUGGCCGUGGAUAAAGCCAACUUGGAAAUCAUGAUUCAGCGCUCCAACCACACCCCAGACACCAAUGUAUCUCCAGAGGUAACUGUGCUCACGAGUAGUCCUGUGGAACUGGGAGAGCCCAAUGUCCUAAUCUGUUUCAUCGAUAAAUUCUCCCCACCGGUGAUCAAUGUCACGUGGCUUCGAAAUGGAAAACCUGUCACCAGCGGAGUGUCAGAGACAGUCUUCCUGCCCAGAGAAGACCACCUUUUCCGCAAGUUCCACUAUCUCCCCUUCCUACCCUCAACUGAGGACUUCUAUGACUGCAAGGUGGAGCAUUUGGCUUGGGAUGAGCCUCAUCUCAAGCACUGGGAGUUUGAUGCACCAACCCCCUUCCCAGAGACUACUGAGAAUGUGGUGUGUGCCCUGGGCCUGAUUGUGGGUCUGGUGGGCAUAAUUAUUGGAACCAUCUUCAUCAUUAAGGGAUUGCGCAAAAACAAUGGUGCAGAACGUCGUGGGCCUCUGUGAGGCAUGUGGAGGUGAUGGCAUUUCUUAGAGAUCAUUGAAGAAAUUUCUGCUUGAAUAUCUUUACAAAGUUGGCAAUACUCCAACUGUUGACCUCAGUGAAAAUAACCAUCUUCAACAUUCUCCAACCUGUUAUCCACCCCACGAGUGGUGAUGCCUUCCCCAAUCUCUCCACACUUUAACAUCUAGUUGGGUUCCCUAUUGUCCUUUCCUGUGUCUGUUUUCCCUUUAUUUCCUAUCGUUUUAUUAUCACCAUGCCAUGCCUCUGUAAUAAACUCCAUAGGAUUCUU